GGGGAGGGAGGGAAGGAGGGAGGGAAGGAAGGCCAGGCCUCGCUCGGGGUGAAGAAAAAGAAGGGCUCCAUGGCGGCGCUGGCAGGCCCAGCCCUCUCCUCACGCCGCCUUCCUCCCCCAUCGCCUUAUUCUGUCUCUUCAAUCCGGAAUGGCCCUCACGGAGCGAGAGAGAAAGAGACAGGGAGAGGCCUCUGUUUUCGUUUGUUCUAUCUGGCAUCCCCUCCUCCAGCCUUUAAGGAUUCGGCUGCCGUUCUCUACCGUUCACCUGUCGUUACAUUCCAAGGAACGAGCUUGAAGUAUAAUGCAUGAAGGUUAGUGACAUCAUGACAACUAUUCGACAGAGAAAGGGAACAAAAUCUACAGAAGUUGCAGAAGAAUGUCUAUCACAAGAGAAAAACUGGAAACUUAAUGGGAAAGUUGUGCCUGGAGGUAGAGCGAGAGAUUUCAUUCAGAACAGAAUGUGGCCUCUACUACUCCUACUACAAACAGAUGCUGCAGGCACCGUCAAUUCAACUAGGUAUACAUGGCUUGAUUUAUGACAAUAAAACCGAAUCCAUGAGGACAAUUAACAUACUUGAAAGAAUGAAUGUUUACCAAGAAGUAUUUCUCAGCAUUCUGUAUACAGUUUUUCAAGUGAAGAAUUUUUUAGAACCUGUAUAUUUUUAUAUCUAUACGGUAUUUGGCCUUCAGUCGAUUUAUGUCAUUGCACUUUAUGUAACCAGCUGGCUUCUCAGUGGAACAUGGCUUUCAGGUGUAUUAGCAGCCUUCUGGUACAUCACAAACAGAAUAGAUACAACUCGGGUGGAAUUCACCAUUCCGUUAAGAGAGAACUGGGCCCUGCCAUUCUUUGCUGUUCAGACAGCGGCAAUUACAUUCCUAUUGAGAACUCAUUUACGACCUACUCAUGAAAAACUGACACUGACCGCAUUGUUUAUAUCAACCUCACUUUUCAGUUUGGCUUGGCAGUUUAAUCAAUUUAUGCUGCUGAUCCAGGCAUUAGUUUUAUUCACACUUGACUGUUUGGACUUGCUUCCUAGCAAAAAGGUUACCUGGAUCUAUGUGAUACAAGUGGCUAGUUUGCUUCUUGUCUGCGUUCUGCAGUUCUUCAACUCCAUGAUAGUAGGAUCACUGCUUAUAAGCUUUAAUAUGUCUGCCUUGUUAGCCAGGAAACUACAGAAUAACCUGAAAAUUGGAGGUUUGUUCAGCAGGCUUGGGAAGCUUUUCCUCCAUAUUCUCUUAGUGUUGAGUUUGACAUUUCUUGGAAAUAAUUUUAUAAAGAAAGUUCUUAACCUGGAAUCAGAUGAGCAUAUCUUUAAAUUUCUGAAAGCAAAAUUUGGAUUUGGAGCAACAAGAGACUUUGAUGCCAAUCUGUACCUCUGUGAAGAAGCUUUUGGUCUCUUGCCUUUUAAUACUUUUAUGAGGCUUUCUGACUCAUUAGUUUUCUACCCUUAUAUAUUUGUGGUUGUUGUGAUGACUAUAACAGCUGCUGCUGUUGCUUUUCAAAAUCUGAGUGGUUCUGCAAAUGUCAGAUACGCAGAAAGGCAGCAAAAAUGGCCAACGCAACUGAAACCUGGUGUUGCUUACAACUUGGGACAUACCAUCCUGUUUGGAUUGCUGGCUUUGAGCACAAUGCGAAUGAAAUACCUUUGGACAUCACAUAUAUGUGUGUUUGCAGCUUCUGGUUUGUGCAGCAGUGACAUGUGGGGCCUAGUCUUGAGAUUCCUCCAUCUGUACACACCACAAAGGGUGUCUGUGAUUAGAUAUUUAACACCAAUACUCAUAUUACUCUAUCUUUGUUACAAGUUCUGGCCUGGAGUGAUGGCUGAGCUGUCAGAGCUGAGGGAGUUCUAUGACCCAGACACAGUGGAGCUGAUGAACUGGAUUAAGAGCAGCACCCCAAAGAAAGCAGUGAUUGCUGGAAGUAUGCAACUCUUAGCAGGCGUCAAACUGUGUACAGGCCGAGUUUUAACCAAUCACCCCCAUUAUGAAGACAAAAGCCUGAGAGAACGGACAAAACAGGUGUAUCAAGUGUAUGCAAAAAGAUCUCCUGAAGAUGUCCACAGAAUCCUCAGAUCAUUUGGGACAGACUUUGUGAUCCUGGAGGACAGUAUUUGUUAUGAAAGAAGACACAACAGGGGCUGCCGACUGCGGGAUCUUCUGGACAUCGCAAAUGGCCACACUAUGGAUGGUCCUGGAGAAAAUGACCCUGAUCUGAAACCAUCACCAUAUCCUCGCUUCUGUGAGGAAAUCAAAAGAAACCUGCCUUCAUAUACAAAGUAUUUUACAAAAGCAUUUCAAAACAAAACAUUCCAUGUUUACAAGCUUGUGAGACAUAAAAAAUGACAUAGUUUUGCUCUGGUAGAAAAUUCUAAGCAUUAACAAAAUGGCUUGGGUUUUUUGAAACAGAAUUAUAUCAUGUUGACUUCAUAAUUACUGUGACGAUUUUUAAGUGUUUGUCUUAGUAACACCUUUUGUCAAGGGAAUGUGAGACUGGUUUGCAGAUGCCACUGGUAUGUACACUACAAUUGGUGUGCAGGUUUUAAUGAGUUCUAAUAUCCCAGAUACAAUUAUAUUUGUGACUCCUUUCCUCAGGAAUGUUGUUUGUUGUAGACGCUGCAUCCCUAAAGAUGCUGGAUGUGCAGAGAAGGAUUGUGAGCCCAAAACGUAUUGCUACCUCCAGUGUGUACUGAACCUAUUUAUAAGAGCCUAUAUGGACCAACUGUGAUUACUUUCCAUUAACCACUAACCUAGCAAUUCUACUCAAGAUUCUGGCUUGAUAGAGUAGUCUUGAGACCUCACAGGCUUGUUGCUUCCUCUUCUUUUUUCUAGGACACUCUAGAGCAGCGGUUCCCAAACUGCAUUCCGGGGAACCCUAGGGUUCUGCAGAAUCAUUGUAGGGGUUCCAUGAAAUUUAAAAUGGAUUUUAAAAUAAAACUAUACAAGGCCAACUAUUUGAUUUUUCAGUCUUUGUAAUGUCUAUUUUGUGCUACAACUAUUUCUACAAAGUAUUUAAUUACAGAUCACACAUUUCAACAUUUUACAUAGUCUACUUUUCCCAUUUCUUUUUCUCAUCUUUCUUGUAAAAUUUUUGAGAUGAAAGACAUGAAACAUUAAGAGUAAAAUUUAUUCAAAUAUAGGAAAUAGGAGAAACAUUUGAAUUGGCAUAAAACAAUCCAGAAUAUAUCGGAGUGUGGAAUCACCUUUCUUGGAAAUUUUGGAACAGAGGCAAGAUGGCCCUCUGUCAGGAGAGCUUAGAUUGUGUUUUCUUGCAUGGCCAAAUGGGUUUGGACUGGAUGGCUCUUGAAAAUCCCUUCCAACUAUUAUGAUUCUAUGAUAUUUUGGUUAAACAAAUCAUGAAUAGAGUUAGGGUUCUGAAGAAAAUAAAACGUCUUCUGAGGGGUUCCAUGACUGAAAAAAAAAAAUGGGAACCCUUGCUAUAGAUUAUCAGUCCCAAAAACACUUGGGAGUAAGUCCUACUGGUUUCUUGGAGCUUACAGUUAGUACAUAAGUGUGCUUCGUAGCACAGAGUUAAUUUUCUCAGUCCAAAUCCUAGAGUGCAUAAGAUCAGGGUAAAGAAGAAUUUCCCCCAUUGCAGUGGGACCUAGAACAAAGUUUUUUCCUUUGUGUUGAAAUAGUUCAUGUGCUUGUGGAUUUCAAUGGCUUCUCUGUGUAGUCUAACAUAGUUGUUGCCAGCCACAGAUGCAGGCAAAACAUCAGGAGGAAACGCUGCUGGCACAUAGCCAUGCAGCCCAGAAAAUAUACAACAUCCCAGUGAUUCCGGCCGUGAAAGUCUUCGUCAAUACAUUAUGGCCAUUAUCCAGUAGACUUUCUCAGGAGCCCAUAAAGGUUUGUGCCCUUGCACUAUUCCAAUUUGCAAACACUGGUUAUUAUUUUCAGAGACUUGUGGUCCAGUAUUUCAGUUGUAUCCACUACUAGUUGCUGUUGGUUUUCCAGACAUUCCUGAUUUUCCAGUGAAUGUAUCUGUUGUGAUUUUAAGAAAUUGGAGAUCCUGGGAGCAUGGUUCAUGGUCGAUAAUCCUUGGUCUGGAUGUAUGUGUGUGUUCUGUAGCCCGUUGUGAUGUUGUCUUGUAUUGCAAAACUUGUCAGAGGAGCUGUUGCAGACAAAGCGAAAUGUUCCUGAUCCUUGUCUUGCAUACAGAAAUGUUCAAUUCCCAUAUUGUUUUUUCCCCUAAAUGGGUUUUUUAACAUAAAAGUAGCAAACCCAUCUAAAUAGUGUCAUAAGGGUCAUUCUACAUGGUAGGAUAUUUUUUUUGUGUUAUAAGGGGCAUUUUUGCUUUAUUAUAUGUGACAUGUACAUAAAACAUUCCUUCCAAAAGAAAAUAUAUCUCACUGUUUAUUCCUUUGGACAGUGAGGACUCUGGAUCUGUGGGGAUUCAGUUAUCGCCAUAUUAUUAAAUGGUGGCAAUUGGAACACAGGCGUCUCAGCACAUUUGCUUUCCUAUGGCUGCCAUUUUAUGCAUAGAAUGUGACAAUCUGUAUUGGAUGGACAUCACGGAUCUGGAGGGUUCGCUGUAUAAAACCAAACUUGCCACUCAUGUGUCAUAUGUUGAGGCAAGUAGAUUUGACAUUUUUGUACAUUUUGAACUUUUAUGAAAACUAUCAACUUUUUAAUGGUGUAUUUUUUAAAAAAGAGCCACCGCGAUGUUGUUUUUAAUACUAUUUUUAACAUUUUAUAUGAAAUUUAGGAUGAAGGCAGUUUUGAAACAGGAUUUUUUCCUGUCAUUAACAAAUGGCUUAGCAAUUGUAUACACAAUCACACUUAGGGAUAUCUUCUGCACAGCCACAUUGGUACAAAUGAGAUUAGAAUAAGGGCAGGAUCCAUCUCUCAUUCAUCUAAACUCAAUUUGCCCAAGUGUAAGUCCCACUAGAGCAUGGCCACUGCUCUUCCUUGAUGCAAAAUAAAAUAGUAAUCAAGUGUUUCUGGAAACCGAUUUAAACAUCAGUUGGACCAUGUUUGACCUGCUCAAUAAUUCAGGCACAAAAAUGGUUACGAUUAAUUUCUAAUGAUGAGAAACGUGCAGAGCUUCAGCUAGCUUUCCCUAAGUUUAAUUAAAUCAAGAUGUAUAAUGAGAUUAAAGCUUCCCAAGUAAGCUGCGUUCUGUUUCCCCGUGAUUUAACCGUUUUCCCCUCUGCAGUUGUUCUUGGGUAAAUUACCGCAGGGCAAGAUACGGUUCUGUCACCCACACAUAAAAUAAUUUUUACAUUUAGGCAAGCAUUCAUUAAGCAACAUGCGGGAUCCUUCUGCAGUUUUCGUGCCGCUGCUGAAAGGAAAGCAGGCUUUAAUCAACUUGAGUUUAAAUCAAACCUGGACACCAGCCACUUUUUUUUGUUUUAAGCAAGCAAAGCCCCUGAAUAAUUUCUACUGUUUCUGUUAAUGAGGUUGGAGCCCUCUGUCAUUUCCACAUAAUACUGUAAUAAAACAUUUUAAUAAGUAGUAAAAGUUUAAUUAAACUGGUCGGUGUGCGUGACUGGUCUUGCUGGGAGCGAGGGUCAGCGUUAUUGCUCCGGGGGUUUUUUGGGUUCUGCUGCUGCACACUAAUUCAGGAUCAGCACAUGUUUAAGAUAUGAAGCAGUUAGAUAAGGUUGCCCUCUUCUUUAAAUACUCUGCUUUCUCUUCAAGUCUUUUACCUUUUAAAGGCAGCGAGUGUCAUCUGCUGGCUCCAAAUACUCAGGGCGCCUUCGGACAGUGCUCUCAAAAGCAACUGGAACAGCAGAUGAGCCCUUAUAUGUUUUAAGUCAGCUUCUAUCUAUUUGCAGUUUGACUAGAAAUUCUUCAUAAGGUGGUGAAAAGGGCCCUGAUCCCAUGUAAAAGAUUUGUAGUCAUGCAGAAUUUCAUAAUACACAGCCAAAAGAAUGAAUGGAACUGUCAAAUUGCAAACCCUUUAAGUCAGAUUUGUUCUUGAAUGGAAACAACCCCCCCCCCCCCCAAAAAAAAUUCCAAUAUUUAAGAAGUGAAACAACACCUUCUGAUGGGCCAAUGAAGCUAUAAUAGCGAGUUACACCAAGCUCUUCCCUGGGCCUAGUUCUUGAGAGAUUGAGUGACACUGCUUGGCUUAUGAAUCCUUAACCUAGCUUGCGUUUCCAGAAGAGGCUGAAACUGUAUUAAGGGUGCUUAGAGGAGCUUUACUUAUAUUUUUAAUGUUGGCCACGCUGAUUCACUGGGCCUAAUACCUGCAAAGCAAUUUCAAUAGCAUUAUCUGGUAUUGGAGACUUGAUGUUGUUAAAGGCAACUUGCUUCAAAAACAUCAGGAUCACAAAUGUCUUUUGAGGAUUUCGAUUUGUGUGUUUGCUGUUCUAGGUCCCUGUAUUUUGGACUCAGUGGAGUGAAGAGCAAGAAAUGGGUACUUGAAUGGUGCAGCAAGCAUUAUCCUAUAGCAGUGGUUCUCAACCUGUGGGUCCCCAGGUGUUUUAGCCUACAACUUCCAGAAAUCCCAGCCAAUUUACCAGCUGUUAGGAUUUCUGGGAGUUGAAGGCCAAAACAUCAGGGGACCCAGGUUGAUAAACCACUGUUCUAUAGUCUUAAAGGAGAGGUAGUGAAUCACUUCUAACAUGGAAGUCAGUAGGUUAGCACUGAGGCAGAAGAGCUUGGUGUAACUGUCUUUAGAAAGGAGAGUAAGCAUUUUAAAAAACCAUCAAAAACAAAGACCACAGAAUGAGUAGUUGAAAAGGAAUUGGGAAUUGUGGCUGAGAUCCUAUCCUCAGCCUGUCGUUGUAGGAAUAGGUGGCUCCUAUCUUCCUAGAUACAAAGUAGGGUGAAUUCUAGUUUGACAUGACAUCUAGAUCAAUUCCUUUUUCAAACAGAUCUCUCUUGGAGUGAUAUCUUUGAGAGAUUCGGGAUCUCAUUGGAAUCUGCAUGGGGGCUGUACUCUAGCAUUACUGGGGCUUGUUGAAAAAGUGGCAUCCAGAACCACAUUACACAUUGCAUUCAGUUAGCUACCAAACAGCAUCUAGAUUGGGCCUGGGCAAACUUUGGACCUCCUCCAGGUGUUAGUUGAAGUCCGAAACACCUGGAGGAGGGUUGAAGUUUGCCCAGGCCUGAUCUAGAUGGACUUCCAGGACUCAAAUGUUCUAAGUAAACUUCUUUCUGCUGUUUUUGGGAUGGCUGCUUCCAUCCUCUCUUCAUUGCCUAGAUUUCCAAGAAGGCUAGCAUAACUUUACACUGUGCCAGUGUCAUUGGCUGCCUCAGCCUCUCUUGCUUUUUGAUUGUUUUUUCAAUGGAACGUACUUUGAAAAUAAAAACAAAAGCCAAACAAUCAUACUUUGGCUGGUGACUGAUGGAAGAGCAUUUCGGUUUUCUCAAUGUUCAAUGAGAGGCCGGGUUUUUGUAUGCUUCUGCAAAGAUUUUUAGAGUGGCUUGUAGGUCUUUUUCUGAAUGCGCACAGACCACGUUUAUUAUCGGCAUAUUGGAGUUCUAUAACAGAUGUUGGAGCUCUAUAACAGGUAGUGUUCACAGCAAGCAGCAAAAACAACCCCAAAACUUGCCCAUGCCUGUUACAAUUUAACCAAUGGAGGGAACAUGGCUAGGGAAGCGUGGGGUGGGGGGACAUAAAUACAUUUUGGACUUUUUCCACUCUUUCAUUAAGCUGUGAGCCACACCUCGCCAUCAGGAUGCUCAUCAGUCAAGUUUUCUUUCUUUGUUAUCAAAUCUGAUUGUUUCUCAUAAGAAAAACCUGUUCCAUGAAUGUGUGAGUGGCGUGCAGUGUAAUCCAAACCAUGUUUACUGAAACAUGUGUUAGAAGUGCUGUUGAACAGGUUUACUUCCAUGCAUGUAAAAGGAUCACAGAUCUACUCCUCAUUGUGUCUUUUUGUACAAGUAAAGUUUGUUCUACAUUUUUCCCUCAAAGAGGUCUGUUAUCAAUUGGCUGGUGCCCUGUGGAUGGUAUACAUGGGUAUGAGUUAAACCCUUGCCUGUGUAUUCACUGAAACUAGCAUGGUCAUUACAAUCCACAACUGUUGGGGUCUAAUAUGUCCCUAACUCUUUUUUCUUGUUCAGUACCUUGAUAGUUAAUAAUUUACUUGUCAGGUAUUCUCUAGGAUGCUGAAGCACGACACAUGACUAUUGUCUUCUUGAAUAAAAGUUCUCUAUCAAA